CUUCUCCAUAUUCCUUUCAAAAACUUAUAUCAGUGGGGUAAUACGAGAGAAAGCUGAAUAUAUUGGAAUUACAUCAGCUAGGUAUGGGUAAUUGCUUGUCAGACUGGAUUGCUAAUAGACACAUAAAUAAAUUGAAAAUGUGUGGAGCAAGUUUAAACAAAGUGGCAUUGACAGUGUGUCUUUUCAUAGGGACCAUACUGAUCAUUGUUUCAGAAAUCUUUGAAUUAAAACCACUGCACAAAAUAAAAGACUGGAAUAUACAAACUGAAUUGGCCAAACUCAAUCUAGCUGAGUUGUCAACAAUGAAGGUCCUCAAAGAAAGACGUCAACAUUUGGAGAAAAUGUGUGCCUUACACCCGGAAAUUUCAAAGCAAAAUACACCUGGUGGUUCUGUUAUGGUUGGAAAACAUUUCCCUUUUGUAUAUUGCAACAUCCAAAAGGUGGGUAGUAGCACUUUCAAAAGAAUUCUAUAUAGCCUUGAAAAAAACAUAUCCAAUCCUUACAAAAUGCGGGCAAUAGAAGCACAUCUUCAUGGCGGUGUGAGAACAUAUAUUGUAAAACAAAAUAACAUAGAUGCAAAAAUGUUGAACAAAAUAGAGAAUUAUACUAAAGUUGUAAUUGUACGAGAUCCAAUUAAUCGGCUUAUAUCUGCAUAUUGGGACAAAAUGUACAGCAUCAAUCCAAGUUUUUGGUGUAGAAGGAACAUAGCAGGUAUGAUAUUCAACCUCUAUAGACGUGGUAAAGUGUCAACUGAUGACACAUCAACAGUUAACUCCUUUAAUGAAAGUGGUGACACAUCAACUAACAAUGACACAUCAGUACCCAACUGCAUAUGUGAUAUAUCAUUUAAAGAAUUUAUAGGAUAUAUCAUACAACAGGAUAACAAACAUAUUAACCUUAACAAACACUGGCGCCCCCUUUACAAAAACUGUAACCCAUGCAAGGACAUGAAAUAUGAUGUCAUAGCACAUUUAGAAACUUUCAAUGAAGACACAAAUUUUUUCUUAAAGAAGAUAAGUGGAACUAAUCAACAACAUGAUGAACACGAUAGUGAUGUCAUAACACGGGAGGUUGACAUUCUUCUCAGGGGGUACUCAAUGCCUCAAACGAAAAGCAUGUGUGGAUACAGUAUGCAGGAUUUAAUAGUGAGGGCCUUCCAAGGCCUUGUUGCUAGGGGCUACAUAAGUCAAGGGGCAAUGCUACCAGCCCUGAAUCCGGACCCAAAGUUCUACACCAGAGAAAGAUUAUAUGCACUUUUCCUAAAACUUUAUCAAACAUCAAAUGGAUAUAGAAUUAGCAAAGCAGAACUAAGGAGAAACAUGUUAAAACAACUGCCUAGUGAUAUGAUCGAGAAAAUUUAUGAUAUAUACAAAUAUGAUUUUGAACUCUUUGGUUAUGAAUAU